AUGGUGGGCAUAGUCAAGCUCAUCGCCGGGUGUACAUUCGGAGCCACCUUAGUUGCUGGUCUAGGUGAAAAGAAAGUUAUCGUCUUUCCUUCUGACAUCGACUCAACGACUACCACCACCUCAUCCGACCAACAGGUAUUCUCCUCGACAAGUCAAAAGCACCAUGAUCAUUUCCUCAUAUCUUCUAGAUCAUCCGACUACUCCGCCCCCCUCUUAUUAUCAUCCAAAGAUGACAUAGCUAUUCACAUCGCGGCUCAAUCGUUCGCCCAUGAUGUCUACAGGGUAACGGGUGUACGACCUCAUAUAUAUAAUGAUUCUUUGCCCCAUCAUGUCGAACGUGCCAUCGUAGUGGGAACACCCCAGAAUGGUUUAAUCAAACAUAUAAGGGAUAAUGAAUAUUCGGAUGAACUGAUAGGUAAAUGGGAGAGUUACGAUAUUAGAGUGACGGAUGAACCGUUGCAUAAUGUUGAUCAGGGUUUGGUCGUCGUUGGAAGUGAUCGACGAGGAGCAAUUUACGCUCUUUAUACCCUCACUGAACAGAUGGGCGUAUCACCCUUCCAUUUCUGGUCAGAUGUUCCCGUUAGAUCUCAAGAAGCUAUUGCCUAUCUCUCUUCAGAGGUACUCGCCCACGGCGAACCUACUGUCAAGUACCGUGGGUUAUUCAUCAACGACGAACAUCCCGCAUUGUGGAGUUGGGCCGCACAGAGGUACAAAGUAAGAUGGGGUGAACCUGCCUUCUUACCGGAUAUGUAUGAGAUGUGGUUCGAUAUGAUGUUGAGAUUGAAGUCAAAUUAUUUCUGGCCUGCUAUGUACGCGUCGAUGUUUGAUAUUGAUGGUCUUAACGUAACCGAUGGAUUCCCCAAGGAACCUAUCGCUGGACCCAAUCAGGUCUUAGCGAAUAACAUGGGUAUAGUCAUGGGUACGAGUCAUCAUGAGCCCAUGGCUAGGAACAAACCCGAAUGGGACAGGGAAGGCAAAGGUGCAUGGGACUGGACAAAUAAGGAUUUCAUGGUUGAUUGGUGGACUUAUGGUGCGGAGAGAGCGAAAGAUAAGGAAACGCUGUUCACUCUUGGUAUGAGAGGUGAUGGUGAUAUGCCACUUACUGGUGCGAGCAAUGAACUUGUUGAGAACAUCACAUCGGUACAACAGGAUAUCCUAGCCAGGACCCACGGAAAGGAUAUCAAUGAUAUCCCUCAAAUGUGGUGUAUGUACAAGGAAGUAGCAGAGUACUAUCUCAAAGGUCUCAAAGUUCCAGAUAACGUCAUUACCUUAUUUGCCGAUGAUAAUUGGGGUAACAUCAUGACUGUUCAACCGCCUGGCAAAGAUCAUAAAGCUGGAUCGGGUAUCUACUACCAUGUCGACUACGUCGGUAUGCCAAGAGCUUACAAAUGGAUCAACACUAUCAAUUUGGUAAAGACCUGGGAACAAAUGACUAUCGCUGCUGCUUUCAACACCACAUCAAUCUGGAUCCUCAAUAUCGGUUCACUCAAACCGCUCGAACUUCCUGCUGAACACUUCCUUCAUCUCGCUUGGGAUCUCGAUGCCUGGCCAAUCAAUUCCGUUGAACGAUAUUUGGAACUAUGGGCUGAACGAGAAUUUGGUGGAGAUACUAGCAAGGAGGUAGCUGAUAUCAUGAUGAAAUACUCUAUGUACGCAUCCAGACGAAAAGCUGAAUUGGUUAACUCUACCACAUGGUCUUUGAAUAAUUACGAAGAGGCUGAGAGAGUACUCGACGAAUGGCAAUCUAUCACAGACAGAGCAGCCAAGAUCUACGAGGGUCUUCCCGAAGAUACCAAACCUGCCUUCUAUCAACAGGUCUACAUGCUUUGCUUGAUGCAGACCAACCUCAACAAGCUUUAUGUCUCUGCUGAGCGAUCCAACUUGUAUGCUCAACAGGGAAGAAACUCUGCCAACCUCUAUGCCAAACAAGCUAUCGAUGCCUUCUUCCACGAUGCAGAAUUGACUGAUACUUUCCAUCAGAUGUUGGAUGGUAAAUGGGAUCACAUGCUUGAUCAAGCGCACAUCGGAUGGAACUCUUGGCUUGAACCUAUCAAAGAUAUCAUGCCUCCUGUAUCAUUCAACAACCCUUCUGUUCCUGCUCGAGAAGGUAUCCCAAUCCCCGAGCUAGGUUACGGUGUAAUUACCAACAUUCGAGUCACCUACGAGAACUCUAAAGGAUCAUGGCCUGGAAAUACCGCUUUCAAUUGUCCGCAAGGUGAACAUUGCCAUACUCCCGAAUUACUCCCCAUGGACCCAUUCGGAGCCAAGUCAAGAUGGAUCGAUGUGGGAUCCGCAGGCCCCAAAUCGACAAGUUGGAAGGUUACAAGUGAAGAUUGGUUGAUUGUCGAACCUCGACAUGGAAAGACCAAGAAAGAUGGUUCGUUAGAUACUAGGAUUAGAGUAUCUGUAGAUUGGGAUAAAGCUCCUGAAAAUGGCUAUGCCACUUUCCACCUUGUCGCCAGUGACGCAUCGGAAGUCACUAUCUUGGUACCUAUCAACAAACGACCCGCCCCACCCAAGGAAUUCAAGGGCCAUGUAGAAGGUGAUGGAUAUGUUGCUAUUGAAGCUGGACAUGUCAGUUCUAAUUCAUCAAAGGACGAGUAUGCGUUCCAUGAGAUGAUCGGAUACGGUAGGACUCGAAGUGGAUUAGAGAUGUUCCCUAGGACUACUCAGAACUUUACCAUUGGCCAAGGACCUAAACUCACAUAUGAUAUUUGGACAUUUGACGAUUCCAAUGAAGAAGAUGUGGAGAUCAACGUCCAAAUUGGACCUGCACUCAACUUCCUCGGUGCAAACAAUACUUUGGCAUUUGGUCUUCAAGUCGACGAUCAACCUCCGAAGAUAUUCAACCCGAUCCCCACUCAACAGCUCGGAAUGGUGGCCGAUAAGCCUUGGAACAAACCAGUAGCCAUUGGAGCCGUUCCCAACGACUGGAUCGAGAUCGUGAAGAACGAGAUAAGAGACGUGAAGACGAUGGUGAAGUUGGGAGAAGCGGGGAAGCACACGAUCACGAUUUGGGGUAUGACGACUGGUUUGGCGUUUGAGAGGAUUUUGGUCGAUUUCGGAGGUAUCAAAGAGAGAGGAUAUAGUUAUCUGGGACCUCCUGAGAGUGUUAUUGUGUAG